AUGCAUCCCUCUUUGGCGCCUCAUCUUCAUGGCGACUGCCUAGAAAUUAUACAGCAACUGCAUCGCUGUCACGAACAGGUUAAUAGUUAAACGUGUUGUGCGGUAAACACGUGCCUGCUUGGCCAUGUUCUUGUGCUGUAUACAAAUUUUUUUUUCGCCUUUCUUUGCAGCAUCCUGUUGGGAAUUCCUAGGCGAGUGCAAUGAUAUCAAAAGAGCAUUGAAUAGAUGUUUAAAAGAGGAG